CCAGUGCUUCACCAUGAACGGACUCCCAGGGCUGUUCGCUGUGAACAGGUGGGCUCCGAGCACAUCUCCGAGCCGAAUCGCUGAUCAAUCAGUAUAAGUAUGUCUUGGGCGCAAGAUGUGAACGAUGUCGAAGUUUCAUGCAUCGAUAUUCACACCAAGCAAGCAUCCUUCCUCCCAAAGCAGCAGCUAUUGGGAACAUCGAACCUCACUCUGAAUUUUCCCACCAUAUCGGCCCGACUAAUAGUACCCAUCCAUUGAAACCUUGGCCUCAGAGAUGCAUUUCCUCGUCCUCGGCGGCAGCGGCCAGAAUGGCACACUCGUCAUCCAGGAGGCCCUAGCUCGCGGCCACUCUGUCACCGCGAUGGUGCGCAACCCGGCCACACUCAAGAUCGACCCCCAUCCCCAGCUCACAGUCGUCAAAGGCACGCCCGAAUCUCUCAGCGACACAAAGUCUGCUCUGACGACUCCCUCCCCACCAAGCGCAGUCAUCAUUACACUCGGCAUGACAGCAAAUUCCCCCGCAAACUUCCUCGCGAGAGCGACACAGACCCUCCUCACCGCCCUCCGCGAGCUCGACCUCGCCGACAACAAGACAAAAUUGGUGGUCAACUCGUCCCACGGCGUCGGCGCAUCGGCGCCAUCUCUCCUCCUGGCCUUCCACCUGCUCUUCUCCGUGUGGCCGCGCAUGCGGCUGAGCCAGGCCGCGCACGAGGAGGCGGACAAUCUCGUCAUGGCCAGCGGUCUCAAGUUCGUCGUGGCCCGGCCGGCGCGGCUGACGGCGGGCGAGGCCGCAGAGGUGAAAGCGUACAGCGAUUCCGGCAAGGGUAUUGGGGCCAUGCCGUCAAUCUCCAGAGCGAGCGUGGCAAAGUGGCUGGUGUCAGCAGCUGAGACGGCAGAGUGGGAUGGCAGGGCGCCAGUUCUGGCGAAUUAGAUGACCAAGUAUGGUAUGUGCGUUGUUCUCUUUACCAAAAUGGAGAGCAUCGUAGAUAUUCUUCCCAAAUAUUAGUUGUACAGUGUGUGACCGCUCCACCCGUUGGUCUCAUUUUAUCUUGAAGUUUUGAGCGCG